AUGGGAGUGCUGUACUUUGGUGCUGGUAAAGGGCCUAUCUGGCUGAACAGAGUGAAGUGUAGAGGGAAUGAGAUUCACCUGUGGGACUGUCCUCGUUCUCUGAAGAACCACACUGACUGCUCCCACAGGCAGGACGCUGGAGUCACCUGUGCAGACAUUUCUACUACUCCACUUGUAAUAACAGCCACCACCUCCAACACCACAGUUGGUCAGACAGUGAAGGGAACAAACACUCCUCCACAAACUCCUCCAGCAGCUGUUCCGUUCAUUUAUCCAGCGUCUCUCCUGGUUCUGGGAGCGGUGCUCUUCCUGGCCUUAGUGCUUCUGGUUGUGCUGUUUUACCAGAACAGAGUGCUCAGGAGAGGGCUCUCUAAGAGGAUGGAGAACAUAGUCUAUGAAGGCCUUAGAAGAGGGCUUGAGGGAGUCUAUGAAGGCUUGAGUAGGGGCACUGAGAGAGUCUAUGAGGAGAUUUACUGCAGAUUCAAUACUGCAAGAGCCACUCAAAGGGGUGAGUGCACUACAUGA